UCGGACACAAGUAACACAGUUUCGUUGUUGAAUUCCUGCACUUUUCAAUAUAAAUAAAUGUCCUUCUCAUCCAUAUUUGAAAAAUCAUGGAGAGAGAGCUAACCGACUUCACUGUGCUGAAUAUUCGGCAUACCAAGACAAAACAUAAAACGAACCACACCGCGUGAUCAGAACUAAACUAACACAAACAUUAGAAACCAAAUUCAUCUGUAACUCAUCUGCUGUCUUCUCUGCACAUUUUUGUUCAUGGAGCUUCUUCACAACCUCAACAUUCUCACCACAGUUAUGCUCCUAUGCAUGUUCCCUCACUCACUCAAGUGCCAACAAGCAUACCUCAAUGACACUGUCUAUGACUGUUCUGACAACCCUUCUGCACCAAAAGGCUACCUUUGCAAUGGCCUUCGAAAGUCAUGCACUUCCUUCUUACUUUUCAGGUCCAAACCUCCCUAUGAUAGCCCUGUCAGAAUUGCCUACCUUCUUGGCUCUGAGGCAUCUACCAUAGCCUCAAUCAACAACAUCUCAAGAAAUGACAAGAUUGCUUCUAACAAGACAAUCAUUGUUCCUGUAUUCUGUUCAUGUUCAGGAAACAUCUACCAGCACAACACACCUUACACUGCCAGCAAGAAUGACACCUAUUAUCAGUUGGUAACAGAAACCUUCCAAGGUCUCACUACCUGUCAAUCAAUGAUGGGUCAGAAUUACUAUGCAGCAACCAAAAUUGCAAUUGGUGCUGAGCUCACAGUUCCCUUGUUAUGUGCUUGUCCAACUGUAAAUCAGACAGCAAUAGGGGUCACCUCCUUGUUGGUUUACUUGGUGAACUAUGGUGACACUAUUGAAUCCAUAGGAAAGGCUUAUGGUGUGGAUGAACAAAGAAUGCUUGAGGCCAAUGAGUUGGCUGUGCCACAAAGUGAAAACAUAAACACGGAUCUCCUUUCCUUGACACCUCUUUUAGUUCCUCUAAUAGGGAAGAGCUGCAAAGAGAACCCAGAUAAAUUCUAUUGCAAAUGUUAUCAAGCACCGGAUGGAAGCUCUAAGGGGCCCUUCUGUGAUGAGUCUGAUGGUCAGAAAUUCCCUGCCAAGUUGGUAGCCGCUUUAGGAGCAGGACUUGGUGUAGGCUUUCUGUGUUUGUUUCUUCUGGGAUACAAAUCAUAUCAGUAUAUACAGAAGAAGAGAGAAAAUAUCCGAAAGGAAAACCUUUUCAGGCAAAAUGGUGGCUACUUGUUACAAGAGAAGCUCUCAUCUUACGGAAAUGGAGAAAUGGCAAAGCUUUUUACAGCUGAGGAGCUACAAAGAGCAACAGAUAGCUAUAACAGGAGUAGGUUUCUUGGUCAGGGUGGCUAUGGCACAGUGUACAAAGGAAUGUUACCUGAUGGAACCAUAGUUGCAGUUAAAAGGUCCAAAGAAAUUGAAAGGAACCAGAUAGAGACUUUUGUGAAUGAAGUGGUGAUUCUAUCACAGAUCAACCACAGGAACAUUGUCAAACUAUUAGGUUGUUGUCUUGAGACAGAAACUCCUUUACUAGUCUAUGAAUUCAUUCCAAAUGGAACACUCUCUCACCAUAUCCACAGGAGAGACAAUGAGCCCUCCCUUUCAUGGGAGAGUCGCCUUAGAAUUGCAUGUGAGGUUGCUGGAGCAGUGGCAUAUAUGCAUUUUGCAGCUUCUGUUCCCAUUUUCCAUAGAGACAUCAAACCUACCAACAUACUUUUAGACAACAACUUCAGUGCCAAGGUGUCUGAUUUUGGAACAUCAAGAUCAGUGCCACAAGAUAAGACUCACUUGACCACAGCUGUGGGAGGAACUUUUGGGUACAUUGACCCUGAGUAUUUUCAGUCUAGUAAGUUUUCAGAUAAAAGUGAUGUGUACAGUUUUGGGGUAGUGCUGGUAGAGCUCAUAAGUGGGAGAAAGCCAAUUUCAUUCUUAGAGGAAGAUGAGGGUCAGAAUCUGAUAGCACAGUUUCUUUCUCUGAUGAAGGAGAACCAAGUUUAUGAAAUUUUAGAUGGAAGGGUGGCUAAGGAAGCAAUGAAAGAUGACAUUCUAGCCAUUGCAAACCUUGCAAUGAGAUGCUUGAGACUUAAUGGGAGGAAAAGGCCAACCAUGAAGGAGGUUUCACUGGAACUAGAAGCAUUGAGAAAGGUGCAAAGUUCCUUACAGAUCAAACAUGAUCAUGAGCACAAAACUAGUGAUAUUAUUCAAGAGUGCACAGAGGAAAGCAUGUCACUGUCCUUACAACUAGAGUCUACAUCCUUAUAGGAAGCUG